UUUUGUCGCAAUAGACACAAUGCACAGCGCCGACGACAUUGCUCCAGUUUGAUGCCAACGCCGGAUCGCGCCUCCCCCGAAAGACGAUUGUUUACCAGAACCCCUCAAGCGCUGCCUCCUCCCAAUCGAGCCCCUUUUCGAACAGCAAUCGCCCAAUAUGGCCACUCCUCCCGUUCCUUUCAACCGGCUCAAGCAGAUUGCUACCGACAUCUGCAACAGUGCCAUCGGCAGCGCCGAAUUCUACGAUCACGCCAAAACUGAGCAAUGGAACUCCAACAUCAUUAGCUCGAUGCUUAAGGCUGUCAUAUCCGAGUCGACCCCCUCGGGCGGCUCACCUUCGUUCAAGUUUGCCUGCAACAGCACCAUCGUCCAGCACCUCGUCCCGACGUCGUCCUUGAACAAGGCCCGUGGCGGUACAGAUGUCAAGACGGAGGAGCCGCACAUCUCGACGAGCUCAGAGGCAACGGCCACGGACGGUAAGCCGCACGUUGGGCGACGCGGCAUGCACAGCGCUACGGGCGCGUACUGGGACGAGAAAAAGGACGGCAUGUGGACGUUCAAAUACGACGGCGGUGAGGGCAAGGGCAUGGACGUGGUCAUCAUGCUCAUUUGGGUUGCCCUUUGAUGUGAGCGGCAGCCAUGCCAGGGCCACUCCGGAUAGCAUUUGGUACAGGCGGCGGGCUUUCUAUCAUUGCAGGAGAUAACGGCGUUUCAGGAGCUGAGGCGUGGGCAGAGCGUCCCUCCUAUAUGCCUCGACGGUUUAAUUUCUAGCAAUUGUUGUCUGUGUGCGUAAUCUAAUAGAGUCCGACUUUGAGACGUGCCGGGCUUAGACGUGUUCGACCUGCCCUCAAAGCUUCUUUGGUUCGUUGUCAC